AUGCAGAGAGCUGGAGGCGGGGGCGCCCCCGGGGGCAGCGGCGCGGGCAGCGGCGGCGGCCCGGGCACUGCCUUCUCCAUCGACUCCCUGAUCGGGCCGCCGCCGCCGCGCUCCGGCCACUUGCUCUACACUGGCUACCCCAUGUUCAUGCCCUACCGGCCGCUCGUGCUGCCGCAGGCGCUGGCCCCCGCGCCCCUGCCCGCCGGCCUCCCGCCCCUCGCCCCGCUAGCCUCCUUCGCCGGCCGCCUCACCAACACUUUCUGCGCGGGGCUGGGCCAGGCCGUGCCCUCGAUGGUGGCGCUGACCACCGCGCUGCCCAGCUUCGCGGAGCCGCCCGACGCCUUCUACGGGCCCCCAGAGCUCGCUGCCGCUGCCGCCGCCGCUGCCACCGCCGCCCGGAACAACCCCGAGCCGGGCGGCCGACGUCCGGAGGGCGGGCUGGAAGCCGAAGAGCUGCUGCCCGCCCGGGAGAAAGUGGCAGAGCCGCCACCGCCCCCGCCUGCGCACUUCGCAGAGACUUUCCCAAGUCUGCCGGCAGAGGGGAAGGUGUACAGCUCAGACGAGGAGAAGCUGGAGGCACCAGCGGGAGACCCGGCAGGCAGCGAGCAGGAGGAAGAGGGCUCAGGCGGUGACAGCGAGGACGACGGCUUCCUGGACAGUUCUGCGGGCGGGCCCGGGGCCCUCCUGGGACCUAAACCGAAGCUGAAGGGAAGCCUGGGGACUGGAGCUGAGGAGGGGGCACCGGCGGCAGCGUCAGGAGUCACAGCUCCUGGGGGCAAAAGCCGGCGGCGCCGCACCGCCUUCACCAGCGAGCAGCUUUUGGAAUUGGAAAAGGAGUUUCACUGCAAGAAGUACCUGAGCUUGACCGAGCGCUCCCAGAUCGCCCACGCCCUCAAGCUCAGCGAGGUGCAGGUCAAGAUCUGGUUUCAGAAUCGCCGGGCCAAGUGGAAGCGAAUCAAGGCUGGCAACGUGAGCAGCCGCUCCGGGGAGCCUGUCAGAAACCCCAAGAUUGUCGUGCCCAUCCCUGUGCACGUCAACAGGUUUGCUGUGCGGAGCCAGCACCAACAGAUGGAGCAGGGGGCCCGGCCCUGAGCGGCCCCCAAGGACCUUGAAGGCCAAGGACUUCCUGAGUCUGCUCGGAGACUGGGGUAGGGUCUGGGGACCAGUGGAGCUACCACUGUGGUUCUGCCCUUGGUUGGGGCUCUGUUGGCAGUGACUGUGGCUCUGGGGGUGCUCUCUGGGCAACCUUAGCUGCAGGCACUUGGCCCUAAGCCCAUUCCAGAGACAACCCCCCGCCCCGGACUGGAGGAUUCAGA